AUGUCACAGAGGCCGGGGGCAUCUAGAACCCUGGGGGCUCCUGGCCUCUGCGUCAUCUGCCAGGAGGGCCACCUGGGCAGCUGCUCUGCUCACCUGCCUCUGAGCCCCCCCAUCCAAGCCACCUCCAUUCCAUCCCGGCCACGGGCUCCGGGGAGGCCCUGGAGAUGCCCGAAGGCCUCCGGUCUGCCGUCCCCAGCGGGACAUAGUUCCACAGCGCAGCCAGCUGAGGGGAUGGCCGCCAUGGGGGGGCAGCUGCCGGCCAUGGCCCCGGGGGCGGUCAAGGCCGCGCUGAUCCUGCUGGUGCUGCUGGCGCCCUCGCAGGCGGUGGUGCGGGCCGUGCUGGACAGCAACUCGAGCACCGUGGACUACGCGGCCCUGCCCGCCAUGUUCGGGGCGCCCCUGGCCCCUGAGGGCGUGCGCGGCUACCUGAUGGAGGCCAAGCCCGCCAACGCGUGCCACCCCAUCGAGGGCCCGCGGCCGGUGGGCAACGGCUCCCUGGGCGCCAUCGUGCUGAUCCGGCGCCACGACUGCACGUUCGACCUGAAGGUGCUGCACGCCCAGCGGGCCGGCUUCGGGGCCGCCAUCGUGCACAACGUGCGCUCCGACGAGCUGGUGCACAUGGCGCACGUGCACGAGGACCUGCGGCGCCAGAUCGCCAUCCCCUCGGUGUUCGUGGGCGAGGCCGCCUCGCAGGACCUGCGCGUCAUCAUGCGCUGCGACAAGUCGGCCCACGUCCUCCUGCUGCCCGACUACCCGCCCUGCCCCGACCUGGACUGCCAUCCGGUGCUGGCGGUCUCCUGGGUGCUGGGCCGCGCCCUGGCCCUGCUCACGUCCGCUUUCUUCGUCCUGCGACGCCUGUGCAGCUGGCUGUGGGCCAGGUGGACCCGCAGGCCGGCCGUGGUCAAGACGCCAGCCUGCCAGAAGGCGCAGGUCCGCACCUUCACGCGGCUCAACGACCUGUGUGCCAUCUGCCUGGACGAAUACGAGGAGGGCGACCAGCUCAAGGUCCUGCCCUGCUCCCACACCUACCACUGCAAGUGCAUCGACCCCUGGUUCUCCCAGGCCGCGCAGCGCUCCUGCCCCAUGUGCAAGCAGUCGGUGGCCGGCUCGGAGGACAGCGCCGAGUCCACGGUCGAGAGCUUCGGCGGGGAGGACCCGAUGCCGCCGGGACGCCAGCUCGCCGUCUGGGCCAUCCAGGCCCGGCUGCGCUCCCGGAGGCUGGAGCUGCUGGCCCGCGCCGGCCCACACCGCCCCUGCAGCGCUGCCUCCGCGGGGCUGGCCGAGGCGGCGUCCCCGGAGAGGCCCCCGGAUCCCUGA